AGUUGUCUGGUGAAACGCAUUGUUGUGUUGGGGGAUGAGCCGUCCGUGCUGCUGUUACUGCUAUUUGCUCCUGGUCGACUGUGGCUAGCGAGCGACUCCAGCUUAUGAAUGGUCCACAAAGCAGAUAACUGUGUGUUCUCUGUUGAAUUUAAAACCGAAACCUAACGGGCACCAAGCAGGCCUGUUUGUUAUUUUAUUAGUAGCUGAAAAGACCCCAGUAUCGCCCGUUGGAUGAGAACACUGUGUACGGAUUUAGAGCCACUUAGCAGGCCGUAUCGCCAUUGCUUUGUAAGGCUGCUGGCUAGCUACCGUCUUCCUCAGCUAGCAAAACUGUUCGUGUACCCGAGCAACACGGAGCACCAACAUGAAGAAGAAAGCUCGGCAGCACCGGGUGGCGGUGCCGCAGAGGCCACCUUCCCCCAUCAAGCCUUCCCCCAACAAGCAAAUCCUGACUUACGCCCAGGCGCAGCGCAUGGUGGAGUUCGAUGUCGAUGGCCGCCUCCAUCGAAUCAGCAUAUACGACCAGCUGGAUGUGAUCUCGGAUGACGACCCAAUGGUGCAGGAGAUGAUGGAGUGCACCAGCAACAAGGAGAACACUGAGAAACCACAGCAGCAGGUCCUCCUUAGGUCCGUUAGAUUAAAAAACAACCAGGAGAAGAGGAACGCAGCACUGGGAAUCACUGGGCAGGGAGAUGGAGGUGGACACCAGGCCGCUGGUAAUCCCGGUCCAAAGCUGAAAGAGCCUAAAUAUCGUACAGUGGAAUAUAACCUUCCAGCAGUUCCUAAGCGCUCAGCUGCAUUUUAUAAAUUUGAGGAGAAGACGGAGGAAGAGCUGGAUGAGGAAACAGAGUAUGACAUGGAUGAGGAAGAUUACGCCUGGCUGGAUUUGGUGAAUGAAAAACGGAAAAGCGAAGGGGUCAGUAAGGUCUCUCACAACGUCUUUGAGUUCCUUAUUGACCGCUUUGAGAAGGAAUUGCACCUGGAGAGUCUGGAUCAAAGCAGCGAAAAGCAAGCGCCCAUUGACGAGGACGCCGCCUGCUGCAUCUGCAUGGACGGAGAGUGUCACAACAGCAACGCUAUCCUGUUUUGUGACAUGUGCAACGUGGCCGUGCAUCAGGAAUGUUACGGGGUGCCGUACAUUCCCGAGGGUCAGUGGCUGUGCAGACACUGCCUUCAGUCGCCCAACCAGCCCGCAGACUGCAUCCUUUGUCCGAACAAGGGUGGAGCGGUGAAAAAGACAGACGAUGACCGCUGGGGCCAUGUGGUGUGCGCCCUCUGGGUCCCCGAGGUUGGCUUCUCCAACACCACCUUCAUUGAACCCAUCGACGGUGUCAGCCACAUUCCUCCAGCCCGCUGGAAGCUCACCUGCUACCUCUGCAAGGAGAAAGGUGUUGGGGCGUGCAUCCAGUGUCACAAAGCUAACUGUUACACCGCCUUCCAUGUCAGCUGUGCUCAAAAGGCUGGCCUCUUUAUGAAGAUGGAGCCAAUUAAAGAGGUAACGGACACCGGAGAGCCCACGUUUUCUGUGAAAAAGACGGCCUAUUGUGGCGCUCACACGCCAAACGGGUGUGUGAGGAGGCCACUUACGAUUUACGAUGAUGCCAAACCCAAAAAUGGACUGUGUAAGAAAGCGGACAAAGCCAGAUGUGUUGGUAAAGGACAGUCAAAAGGAAAGAAGAAGAGUAAAAGUAAGAAGCCUGAACCUGAGCCUGAAAGGGAAGCCCCAACCCCUGCUACUGUGCCUACGUUUCCUUCUCACAGGUUACAAACCAUUCUGAACCAGGUGUCAGUCCAGAAGAAGAAAGCAUUUGUGGAGCUGGUCCUAAAUUACUGGACGCUGAAGAGGCAAUCCAGGAAUGGGCUUCCCCUCAUCAGACGUCUUCACACAAGCAUGCAGUCUCAGAAGAAUGCGCAACCGGUUUGUUUAUCUAGGCAGAGUGAGGAGGAGAGCAGGGCACUGAAGGACCAGCUGAAGGAGUGGCAUCGUCUCCGACACGAUCUUGAGAGAGCCCGGCUGCUGUUGGAGCUGAUCCGCAAGAGGGAGAAGCUCAAGAGGGAGGAGAUUAAACUUCAAGAGACCCUCUUAGAGAUGCAGUUGAGUCCCUUCAGUAUUUUGCUUAGAGCCCUCCUGGACCAGCUGCAGACAAAAGACCAGGCCAAGAUCUUCACCCAGCCGGUUGAUGUCAGUGAGGUGCCAGACUACCUCGACCAUAUCAAGCACCCAAUGGACUUCUCCACCAUGCGGCAGCGCAUUGAUGCACAGGCUUACAACAACUUUGAGCAGUUUGAGAAUGACUUCAACCUCAUUAUUGAUAACUGCAUGAAGUAUAACUCAAAGGACACCUAUUUCUACCGAGCUGCCGUUCGCCUCCGAGACCAGGGCGGGUCCCUGCUUAGGAAGGCCCGGCGAGACGUAGAGAAAAUUGGCUUCGACAAAGAAAGUGGCAUGCAUCUGACUGAAGCUCCUGAAAUCAAAGCACCAGCAACCUUUUCUUGGGAAGACGUGGACCGCCUACUAGUGCCAGCCAAUCGACAGCAUCUGUCUCCAGACAAGCAGCUGCAGCAGCUACUGGAGAAGUUUGACCUGACCUGUGCCAUGAAGUCGAGCCCCUCCCGCAGCAAGCGCCUAAAGCUGCUCAAAAAGACCAUCAACGAUGUUCGCAACGAAAUGACCCUAAAGAGAGUCCUACCCUCCCACCACCACCACUCUUCUUCCUCCACAACUCCCUCCACAUCAUCUUCAUCAGCUGCUUCCCAACCAGAGCUGAGUCAACCUAAAGAAGAGAGUUUGAAGCCCAAUGGACAUUUUCCAUAUGAUGAAGGAGACAAAUCUCUUCCCCCUAAACUGGAGCUGUCGGACUCCAUCCCUCCGCUCAUCCACUCAGAGGCAGACCCCGAACCCCCCACCCUCAAACCAAUCGACGCUGCCCCAGACUGUGAAGACAAGCAUCACAACAAGCGCGUCAAAUUCGAUGAGGAAAUACCAGACCUGCUCUCCUCCACUCCGCGCCUCAAUGGCCACUCCCACGACAGCCUCCAGAACUCGCUGUUAGACGGAGACGUGAGCGUGGUGGCCACGUCGACCCUGGCAGAGCCCACAGGCACGGUUAACCGUCGGACAGCCGUGCUCUUCCGCAAAUCGAAGGCCGCCAGUCCCCGCAAACCCCCAAGGAGCGGAGAAGAGGGGGCUGACGGAGUUGAAAGAAAAGAGGGUAAGGAGGAGGAAGACGAAGACAGCGCACAGCUGGGCUCCAAAUCCUUCCUGUCGGUGGUCAUUCCCAGGCUGGAGACGCUACUUCACAGCAAGAAGAGGAAGCACAGCGGCAGCAGAGACGGAGAGGAGGAGGGAGAAGAGGGAGAGCGUGAAGAGGAGGGAGAGUCCCCUGUGAAACGACUUGAUACUGGCUUGUCGACCGGUUUUCUGGAGGUAGAGGAGGAAAAGGAGCUAGAAAACUCGAGUAGAGCCAGUAGACCUGUGGAGCCACGAAGACGCUGUGCCUCUGAGUCCUCAAUUUCUUCAUGUAGCAGUCUGCCAGGAAACACCAGCACAAUUCUCAGUCUUCCAAAAUGUGGGAAAGGGAAACCCGCAUUGGUCCGGAGAAACACUGUGGAUGAUAAGAGCGAAUUAAUCGCCUGCAUCGAAACGGGAAAUUUUGCAAAAGCUGCACGAAUCGCUGCCGAGGUUGGCAACAGCAAUAUUUGGAUGCCCGCUAGUGCUGCAACAGUUGCAUUGGAACCCCUAAAGCUAGUUUGGGCCAAAUGUAGUGGAUACCCUUCCUACCCUGCCUUGAUCAUCGACCCCCACAUGCCGCGCGUGGGCUGCCAGCACAACGGGGUGUCCAUCCCCAUGCCCCCCAUGGACGUGCUGCGCAUUGGAGAGCAGAUGCAGUACAAAGCCGAAGAGAAACUCUACCUCGUGCUCUUCUUCGACAACAAGCGCAGCUGGCAGUGGCUUCCUAGAUCCAAGAUGGUUCCCCUGGGAAUGGACAAAACCAUAGACAAAAUCAAAAUGAUGGAGGGCCGCACAUCCAGCAUUCGCAAGGCUGUCCAGAUCGCCUUCAGCCGUGCCAUGAACCACCUGAGCAUAGUGCAGGACGAGCCAGUCAGCGACCUCAGCGACGUGGACUGAUGACACUCCCUGACUCUCGUCUCUCCACACUCACACAAUCUCGUACCUCUCCUGUACCAAAUACCUUCCUCUUCUCCUCCCACGCUCUCUCUGUCUCUGCAGGAGACUCAAAUGUUUACUGGGCACCUGCUGUAACAGGUGGUGUCUCUUCCUCAUCCAUUCCUGCUCGCACACACUCCUACCAUGUGCCGAUGGGAUACGGCUGCUGCUGAAAUGAAUGUGUCUAACUCUCCUCUCCAACUCCAGGCUUGUAACUGUGCUUAGAGACCGCUCUUUAUGUCCUCCUCCCUUCCUCACUAACUCCACCAGCCAACGACUGUCCAUUUCUUUCAUCAUUUCAAGGUAUAAACGUUCGUGGUUGAUUUCAUACAUUUUGGUAGCCUUACCAAACAUGUCAGGACUUUAAGAAACUUAAAGGGACAGUGCGCCACAAAAUAUAAAUAAAAUAUGAAUAAAAGCAUAUUUACUCCUUAC